UAGUGGACGGGGUUGUCAAAUUGCCCGUUAUGUCGGUCAAAUUUCUUAAAUUUGGCCUUAUUAAAAUUGGGCUGGCAGUAGAAAAUAAAAAGGCACGGCCAAACUAUAUUGCGAGAAAAAAGAGUGGUAACUAAAUAUUGAGUAGGCUUUUGAUUGAUUUACGGUUAAUAGUUUAUCGUUGCAGCUCCCAAUGCAAUGAUAAUUUGGUGGAAUUAGGGGUUAUAUUUGCUAAUGUUGUUAACUUGACAGAAUUUCGGCAGAUAUUUUGAAAGAAAAAAAGUUUGGCCGAAUUUCGCCGUAUGAUGGCGUUUGUUUGGCCGUGAAGGUUCUUGAGUAUCUGGCAAACUUGAUAUUGGAAUGUAGGUCGCCACCUUUUGAGGUUCAUUUUUUGCUGAUGCAUUCAGUAUUUAUCCUCGUGCGUUGUGUAUAGAUGGUUUCAUGAUGGCAGGUUGCAAAAUUUAUAUUGUUGAAAAAUUUGAAGAAAGAAAAAUGAGGAAUUCGGAAAAAAAGUUUAUAGUUGGGAUGGUGUGUGAGGGAGAGGAGGAGAAAGAAUCGGCGGGAGCAAGUAGCAGCAGUGGGAAGAUCAGGGAUGGGAAAAGGAAGGUGGUUCCCUGCUAUUUAAAUGACAUGUGUUCCGACAGUGCAAGGAAAGUGACCGCGAUCGGUGCUGGGAAGCGGGUGCUUUUGACUAAUGUAGUCAGGAGUCCUUCUUGCUUGAGAAUUACAGGAAUGACAAAGGUAAUUACAAAGGUGUGUGACUUUCCAGUUGACAUGGAAGCCGUAGAAGCUUUUAUAAAACCAAAUGUUGUCUCGGUUGCAGAAGCAAAAGGGUCACCCUUGAAAAGGAGAUUAAGUGUUUGCGGUGAUGUUGUAGAGAUUGGAGAUUACGUAGAAAGUCCAUCGUGUAAAAGACGCAGUCUGAAGUUGGAGGAAGAUGGCACCAAUGUUGAUGUAGUAUUGUGGGGGGAAGCAGCGUGUGAGUCCAGGUUAAUUGAGUCCGGUGAUAAGGUGACCAUUACAGCAUUAGUGAAAGAUGAAGAUAGGCUGAGUAGUACUCUUUCAAGUGUUAUCGAAUGUUCUACAUCAGAAGGCGAUGAAAAGAAGGGAGUUAUAAUUGCUAUUGACGAUGAAAGUGGGUUUCCUGUUGAAAUGAUACUGGAGUCAGGAGAUUCAAUAUAUGUUCCUGAAAAUGUCAACUUUAAUUUUGAUAUUGCUUUACCAGUGGAAGUCAGUUAUGUAGAAUCAUCAGGAUUGGUUGCGAAUAUUUGUGUUUUUGAUGCUACUUUUUAAAACUGUUAGAAGCGCUUGGAGCACUGUGGUUUCAUUUAGAAUUUAAGUGCGACAUGAUCUGUUUGGUUUUGUUAUGAGUGUUGAAUAAAACUUAAUAUAAUACAAUUGUUCAUACUGUAUUAUAUGGUAUUAAUACUGGUUUUGAAGUUUUUCCAAAGGUUAAUUUUUAUUUUAUUCAAUGAAUAAAUAACAGUAUGUAUUAUGUCAGGAGAUUCGAUAUAUGUUGCUGAAGAUGUCAAAUUUAAUUUUGAUAUUGCUUUACCAGUGGAAGUCAGUUAUGUAGUAUCAUCAGGAUUGGUUGCGAAUAUUAGUGUUUUUGAUUCUACUUUUUAAAACUGUUAGAAGCGCUUAGAGCACUGUGGUUUCAUUUAGAAUUUAAGUGCGACAUGAUCUGUUUGGUUUUGUUAUGAGUGUUGAAUAAAACUUAAUAUAAUACAAUUGUUCAUACUGUAUUAUAUGGUAUUAAUACUGGUUUUGAAGUUGUUCCUAAGGGUAAUUUUUAUUUUAUUCAAUGAAUAAAUAACAGUAUGUAUCAUGUCAGGAGAUUCGAUAUAUGUUGCUGAAGAUGUCAAAUUUAAUUUUGAUAUUGCUUUACCAGUGGAAGUCAGUUAUGUAGUAUCAUCAGGAUUGGUUGCGAAUAUUAGUGUUUUUGAUACUACUUUUUAAAACUGUUAGAAGCGCUUGGAGAACUGUGGUUUCAUUUAGAAUUUAAGUGCAACAUGAUCUGUUUGGUUUUGUUAUGAGUGUUGAAUAAAACUUAAUAUAAUACAAUUGUUCAUACUGUAUUAUAUGGUAUUAAUACUGGUUUUGAAGUUGUUCCAAAGGUUAAUUUUUAUUUUAUUCAAUGAAUAAAUAACAGUGUGUAUCAUGCACAUCAUGGAUUAUAGUUGAUUCUCAGUCUGAAUAAAUAUAUAAAAAGUGCUUUAAUAUUGUCGGUAUUAUCGUAAUAAAAAAUUAGCGAUCCAUAUUGUCUGUUGUAGCAAUACCUGAAUUUCUCAACAUCAUUUCAAAUUUAUGUUCAUAAAUUUAACAUAUUACGACUUCCUUACACAGUAAAAUGAAAUGAUUACAUUAAUUUAUAGUAAUUGUACAACUAAUAACAGAGCCGUACGCAUGCACUGAAGGUAUGAAUAAAUUUGCGCAUCUUCAUUUUCAGUGAAAAUAAUCAAUAUCAUGCUUAUUAUUUAUA